UUCAAUAUUGGUGCAGUUCUGAGUCCACCUGAGGGCAUCCAAUACUUCGAAGAAGCCAUCGCGGACGCGAUGGCGACAUACGAUAUCAGCCUCAAGUCGAAAACUGUUCACAUGAAUUUGAACCCGAUUCGGAUGGCAGAAAACGUCUGCGAAGAACUAAUUUCGCAGAAAGUUUAUGCGGUGGUGAUUUCGAGUCCGAUGAAGGGCGAGCUCUCACCUGCCGCAGUUUCGUACACCUGUGGCUUCUACAGCAUUCCCGUCAUAGGAAUCAGCUCUAGACAUAGCUCGCUAUCCGACAAGAACCUCCACAAGACAUUUCUACGCACCGUUCCGCCCUAUUCUCAUCAAGCAGAUGUGUGGAUAAAGCUGCUGCGACAUCUAGGCUACAGCAGCAUUGUGUUCAUUCAUUCGUCCGACAACGACGGAAGAGCCACUCUGGGGAGAUUCCAUAAUGUGGCAGCGCGAGAGAAGAACGUCGUACACAUUGAGCAUGUCAUAGAAUUCGAGUCGGACACCACAGAUUUGGCAGCCGAACUGAGAAACGCGUCCCGGAGACACUGCCGGGUGUACGUCUUGUAUGCCGACACAAACGAAGCUACCAAAAUAUUCGACGUCGUGAAGAAGCUCGAAAUGACUACUGCUGGAUAUGUGUGGUUAGUUUCUGAACAAGCCCUCAAAGCACCAAACUGUCCCGAUGGCGUUCUAGGCCUAGACUUGGUGAACGCAGUGGACGAACGCGCCCACAUCCGCGAUUCCGUGAACCUAAUCGCGAUCGCCCUCAAAAAGCUCCAGCGCGAUGCGAGCGUCUCCGCUCCCAGGCUGAAUUGUAGCAGUCUCGAACACAAUUGGGAUGCCGGCCUCAAGCUUGUCAGCAUUCUGAAGGAGCAAAUUCUGAUGAGCGGUGAAACUGGGCAUGUCAAGUUCGACGACAAAGGAGACAGAUUGAACAGCGAUUAUGUGAUCUUCAACAUUCAACGGGAAAGGGAGAGUCAUCUGGUCAAAGUGGGCGAGUAUGCUUACAACGAAUGGAAAAACGAAAUGGAACUGAACAUAAACCUCGAAUACGUUCUAUGGCCCGGCGGCUCGAAGGAGAAGCCGCUAGGAUUCGUCAUUCCCAAGCAUCUCAGGGUGGCAACAUUAGCCGAACGUCCUUUCGUAUGGACCAGACAACUGAACGGCAUGGGUGAAUGCUAUGCCAACGAGACGCUGUGCCCUUGGUACAACAGAUCUUCGAAGUCAGACGAAGUCUACUGCUGCUUCGGAUACUGCAUGGAUCUCCUCAAAGUCCUUUCCUCAAAACUCAACUUCAGCUACGAUCUGUAUCUCGUCGAAGACGCUCAGUAUGGGAACCUCGAGCCGAGCAAGGAGGAAGGACGGAGGGUCUGGACGGGACUAAUCGGAGAUCUAGUGCGCAAGAGAGCCGACAUGGUUGUCGCACCAUUGACGAUAACCCCGGAGAGAUCAUUAGAAGUCGAUUUCACCAAACCAUUUAAAUAUCAAGGAAUCACCAUACUCGCUAAGAAGCAAGAUAAGAGUUCCACCCUGGCGUCAUUCCUUCAGCCUUUCCAAAAGUCGUUGUGGAUUGUUGUCGUGUUCUCAGUUCAUGUAGUGGCAUUGGGUCUUUAUCUUUUGGACAGAUUUAGUCCAUUCGGGAACUAUCGAGUCGCUCCGAGCGAACGGGACGAGGACGGCUUGAAUCUUUCCUCUGCACUUUGGUUUGCGUGGGGUGUUCUGCUCAACUCGGGAAUAGCGGAGGGCACUCCUCGGUCAUUUUCAGGAAGAGUUCUUGGAAUGGUUUGGGCAGGCUUCGCCAUGAUAGUCGUAGCCUCGUACACUGCUAAUUUGGCCGCUUUCCUUGUGUUGGAAAAACCUGAGUCUUCUUUAUCGGGCAUCAACGAUCCUCGUCUGAGGAAUCCGUCGGAAAACUUCACUUAUGCUACCGUGCGAGGCAGUGCUGUUGACACUUAUUUCAAGCGACAAGUGGAACUACAGAAUAUGUACCGCAUCAUGGAGGGCAAGAAUUUCGACACGGUGGACCACGGCAUUGAUGCGCUUAUGAAUGGAAACAUUGACGCGUUCAUCUGGGACUCGUCACGACUCGAAUACGAAGCUGCGCGGCACUGUGACCUCGUGACCGCAGGCGAACAGUUCGGACGUUCAGGCUAUGGAGUCGCACUGCAGAGGAAUUCCUUUUGGGUGGACAAGGUCACACUCGCAUUGCUCGAGAUGCACGAGAGUGGCCACAUGGAGCAGCUCGACUCACGUUGGAUUCAUAACGGAGGCCGACGCUGCGAAAGCAAGCUAGAACGAACGCCAGCAACCCUUGGACUGACAAAUAUGGCUGGUGUUUUUAUAUUGGUUGGCGCAGGAAUUUUCGGGGGUUUGGUGCUAAUUGUUAUUGAGGUUUACUACAAGCGAUACAAGGCCAAGCAGAAGCGGCGGAUGGAAGUCGCCAGCAAAGCCGCUGCCAAAUGGAGAGGAGUCGUUGAGCGCCGACGGACCGUUCGCAGAGGCUCUCACCACCGCAUCAUGCUGCCAUCAAACAUACAACAGGCUCCCUUGCCGGCGACCGGAUCCCUGAAAAGCGUCAAGAAAGACGGGACUGUCAUCUCUCAGCAAGGCCAAGUACAAGGUCGUUUAAUCCGUCUCAAGUCGGCCUCGUCAUCCUCGUGCAAAAGUAACAGUAUCGUCGACACCACUGAAAUGGACCUUCCACCCCCACCGCCCCCACCACCCCUGCGGACAACAGCGCCGCUCCCACCGGCUCGGGCAGCCGCACCGCCCAUGAGGAUGAAUGCAUCUACGCGGUACCUCCUCGGCGCGCAAGAGAACAAACCGAUUUCGUUCGAUAUCAAUGUCUGA